UAUGUUGACCUGCUAGCUCAUUAUCAGGUUAAAGCUUUUCUUAGAGGUGACUCUCCACCAUAUUCAGCUGGCGAUCUAGAAGGAAUGACAUUUAUUGCGAACAUGCAUGUUAAAGUAGCUAGGAGGCUUCAUAGCAAUAGCUUGCGGUACUGGCUGUUGGAAUACUUGAGGCGACAACCAAAGGGGAGAAAGUACAGAGCACUGAUUCUGAAGUUUGUCAAGGAUCGUAUGGGAGCUCUGCUUUUGGUGGAGGUUGGGAUGCAAGUUACAACAACAAUUUCACGUGGGAAAGUGGGAGAUCAAGUCAGUGUUACUGUGGAAAUAGCUCAUCCACGUGAUGAUAUAUUAUCAGUCGGAGAGGUUGUAGAGGACACCGAGGAUUCAGAGUAAAUGCAUGUGACGAUAGCUUAUCAGAUAGAGAGGUUAUAGAGGACACCGAGGAUUCUGAGCAAAUGCUUGCAAAGCUCACUCGCACUUUGCAGUCUUGUGUUCCUCUGCCGUUUACCGCUGUUCAUUUUUGUGGCAGUGGUAUAGGCGAUUUAUUACCUUGGAAAAUGU